AUGGGUAAGGAACCCAUUUGUGGUUCCAAGAUCUCGGUUUUGCUGGCCCUUCCUCAUAGAGGUGAAGAGCCGCUUGCUUUUCUCUCGACCUUUCCUAUGCAAGCUGCCAGGACAAUGGAAGGGAAAGGAGCUGUGCUUUACUCGAUGGGUAUCUGUGACCUUAUUAGCUUUGACAUGGCAGCCAUCCUUCCACCAAUUAUGCUGGACCACCUCUACUCUGUGGAUGAUGGUCUCAAACCAGGAGGCCCCCUUCUGUUUCCCGAAGAUGCCCGUGAAACGGCUGUUGUCGGUAAUGAGCCAGCACCUGACUCUGCCCCUGUGAUCGAGCCUGCCUCCAUUUCUAGGUGCUGCAUCGAGAAGGGCCUGUUUCCAGCAGUUCCGCUAUUUUUCCAAUUUCCUUGUAGCAUCAGCAAGGGAUGGUCCGAAUGGGUUGACCGCGAGCUGCGGGAUCCCUCCACAUGCGACAUUUUGCGCAGAGCACAGGUCUUGGAUGCUAUCUUUCUCUCCAAGCUGUGGGACAUUCACAUCGAAGCAAAGAUGCUUCGCCACGUGGUGCGGAGGUGGAGUGCUGCAACCCAUACCUUCAUAUGUCCAUGGGGAGAAUUUACUCCUACCUUAGAAGAUGUAGCAAAUAUUUCCCGUCUUCCGAUUUGCGGCGACCAAAACCCCUUCAACAUUGCCCUUACUCCGGAAGAAGUAGACAAGCUCGCAGUUUUACAGAGAGGCGCCCCCACUUCUCCCAGCACCUCAUUACGGUUCAGUAACUGGAUACAACAUUUUGGUGAUGCAAACAGACAAGGCUCUCAUCGAUUGGCUGCAUUCAUAGCAUUAUGGCUUGGGCGGUUCGUACUUUGUGAUUUUUCUCAAGAUUGCCUGCAUGAGCGUGUGUUUCCCUUGGCUUUGGCUAUAGCUCGGGGUGAUACAAUCCCUUUAGCCCCCAUGUUCUUGGGUCAUCUAUACCGACUGCUUGAUCGGACCCAGCUCUUAGAGAAGAACGCGUCCGGAACCAUGGGUGUGGAGACCCUUUUGAAUUCUGGUUUUCUGCAGGUGUUUCUAUGGGAGCAUCUCAAAGGGCUGGACGUAUAUUCACUCCCGCACUCACAUGCCCUGAAAUUGGCUGACUGGGGCAAUGGUUCCUUUAUGCCCGACAAUCUGCCCUUGGUUUGCAGAUGGUUCAAAAGGAUGCAGCGGAAAGGCCAAGACUUCUUAUCGCUGAUGGACAAUAUCGAGAAUUUCAUUUUCCGCCCUUACGGCACCUCAGCAGAGACCUUCACCUUCGUGCCUUUUUAUGCUGAUGUCAAUGAUACCAUUGAAGUUCCAGCAGCAGUAUCGAAUGGUGGCCAAUUCAGAAAGUAUACCUUGUUGAACAUUGCCCCCAUCCCAUUACCUACUCUUGGAGACAGCCGUUCAGAGAUUUCGGUAUCCUAUUCGCCGCAUCGAGUUAGGCGACAGUUUGGACUUGAUCAAGGAGUACCGAGUAAUCCUAAUUAUGAUGAUCCUUUCGCGCUGCACAGCAUUUUCUGGGGCAAUGGCCACAUACCAAACAGUUGCAGGCCUCUUGUUCUAGCCAGCAAGGGGAGAAUUGGUGGCUUCUCACGAGGUUACCAAUCCUACUGGAACCGCUGCCUCGCUUCUUUCCGUGAGUUCCAAUCCUUUCCUGGGGAUAGACUGCCCCCCACAACCGCGCGCCUCGCAGGCUUAAUCACGGAGGAGAAAGCCAUCCCUCUGAGCCAAAAACGCAACCUCCCUUUUACUUCUAAGAGUGGUGACAUCGUUGGGGGAUUCUCCAAAGUGAAGCCAAAAUCGGGAACACCAAGUCCUCGCAGUUCCGGGAAAGUCGCAGCACCAACAUCCAGCGAAGGGAAGCAGGUGGAAAAACAAAGUGCAGGGAAGAAGCAAGCUGCUGGCAAGCCUAGAAAGUUUAUCCCGAAAGUUGCACCAAGUGGUCCACCCCGAACCAGAGAGGCUACUCCUCCGACACAUUCGCGCCCUGCGAGGCCCACCGCCUCUGAGAGCCGGAGUCGUACUGACAGGGUGCUGGAAACGCCCCCUCUUCGCAGGAAGAUGGGUACUACACCAAAGAGGAAGAGAAGUAGCACACCCUCCGCGUCUCCACAAGCAGCUUCGAAACGUCGCAGCAUGCGUGUUUUGCAGGCAAGAUUUUCCGGAGCUCGCGCAAGCGGCAGUGGGGCUUCCGGGACCAGAACAGUGGUGAUGAUUGAUGAUGACAGCGAUACUGCUGAGUCGGAGGCUAGUACUCCAGAGCAAGAGAAUAUUGAUGCCGUGAGUGACAUGCGUGAGGAUUCUGACAGGGAAGGCCACAAUGACCGGGACGACGGUGGGUCCGCGUAUUUUGACGACCGUCAAGGGGAACAAGGUGGCCUGGUUCCUCUUAGCGGCCCUGCUGGUAGCAGCAUGCACCCUGUCAGUGUUGAGCAGGCCAUGGACGUUACUCAGGAGAUGGCAAUUGUGCCUGCGGCGCCCUCUUCCUCCGAUACAUUUGACGCACUGAUCGAGGCAGCCCUUGCAGAGUCCCCUUUGCCGACAAGUCUACGAGACGAGAUUCCUGUACCUCGAGUCACCCUGCCUUCUAUCUUCCAGCACUUCCUUCGAAGAGACCUCGAGCCUACAAUUCCUCCAGCCUUUCCAGCAGCUCUCCGGAGCAACACUUUUGCCUUCCAUGGGGCGUUGCCUACUCCAUCCCACAUUCAGCCAAUCCUUCGAGCACCAGAGCCUUGCCCCUUAGCACUCCUUCCAGCACCUUCACCUAACGACACAGGUGUUACCGGAGGUGUCCAGGCCAGCAUUACUGUCGCUAAGCAUGCUUCCUUUAGCGCGUCUUGGUCGGAAUGGGAGAAUUCCUUCACCACAUUCAUGGCCUUUUUCGAUGGGGGUGCCCAGAUUCUUCGCUCUGCAGAUGAGCUCCUGCCACUUUGCCAUCAAUUUAACGGCUAUGCACCCUUUCGGGGGGCUUUUGUUUAUCCUGAAACAGUGGCGGUUUUAAGAAGAUUCAUGGACAACUACAAUGAGAGAAUCCACCCCAUGCUUGAUGCCAUUGACAAGCUCCGCAACCUCAUGGUUAUGGAGGAAGGCAUACAGCUGCCCACCAUUGUUGUUGUGGGAGACCAGUCAUCUGGAAAAUCCAGUGUUCUUGAGUCCCUCGCCGGCAUCAGCCUUCCGCGUGGAUGGGGAAUCAGCACAAGGGUUCCUCUCAUAAUGAGGCUUCAGCACCACUCUGAUCCUGACCCAGAUCUUUCACUGGAGUACAAUGGCCGAGUUGAGCACACUGAUGAGGACAAUAUUUCUGAGGACAUUGUGAAUGCCACCAAUCUGAUUGCUGGGGACUGUAAGGGAAUUUCAGACACCCCAUUGACCUUGUUGGUGAAGAAGAAUGGUGUGCCUGAUUUGACCAUGGUUGACCUCCCUGGAAUCACUAGGGUUCCAGUUCGUGGGAAGCCUCUGAAUAUCGCUGAUCAGAUCAAAGAUAUGAUCAUGAAGUAUAUAAAACCAGAUGAGAGCAUCAUUUUGAAUGUUUUAUCUGCUUCUACUGAUUUUAGCACAUGUGAGUCAAUUAGUAUGUUGCGGAGUGUGGAUAAAACUGGUGAGAGGACUCUGGCUGUGGUUACAAAGGUUGAUAUGGCACCAGAGGGACUGCUGGAUAAGGUUACAGCUGAUGAUGUGCGUAUUGGUCUUGGCUAUGUCUGCGUAAGGAACUUGAUUCGAGAUGAAACGUAUGAGGAGGCGAGGAGUAUUGAGGAUCGAUUAUUUGAUAAGUCUAUGGUUGGGAUUCAGGUUUUGGCUGACAAGUUGGUCCAAAUUCAAGCUGCUAGCAUAGCUAGAAACUUGCCUGAUAUUGUAAAGAAGAUCAAUGACAAGCUGAAUUCUUACCUUUCAGAGCUCAACAAAAUGCCGAAAAAGCUCUCAUCUGUUGCUGAGGCCAUGACUGCUGUUAUGCAGAUCAUUGGAACAUCCAAAGAAUCACUUAAGAAAAUUCUUGUGAGGGGAGAAUUUCAUGAGUUCCUGGAUGACAAACACAUGCAUUGCACGGCUAGGCUUGUUGAGAUGCUCAAUAAGUGCUCAGAUCAGCUUCACGAGUGCAACGAGAGUGACCCCAAAAGUAAUUUCUUAAAGGAGGAGAUUGCAAUUUUAGAGGCGGCAAAAGGUUGUAUAACCCUUCCCAAUUUCAUUCCGCACAAUGCUUUUCUUAUAGUCUUGCAGGGUAAAGUUAAGGGGAUUUCGAGCAUACCUAUUGGGUUUGUUGAGCAGGUUUGGAGUUAUAUUGACGAUGUGGUUUUGUCUGUGUUAAUAAGAAAUACAGAAAACUAUUACCAUGUUCAACUGUCUGCCAGAAGAGCAGGCCAUAAUCUUAUUGAAAAGAUGAAAGAAAGGUCGAUUAAUUGGAUGACGGAGAUAGUGGAAAUGGAGAAACUAACUGAUUAUACAUGUAAUCUGGAAUAUAUAUCUGAAUGGCAAAGGCUCAUGACUGAACAAGAAACAUUCAUCAGAAAGGUCUUGCAUGAAUAUCUGAUACUUGGACCCAACGCUAAGAUAAACAUAAAUUUAGAGGGAAUUGGGGUGGUUGAAGUUGGAGGUCUAAGGAAGUACCCACAUGUCCUAUUGUCUCAAGCUUUUGACUUGAAAAUGCGGAUGACUGCGUAUUGGAAUGUUGUGCUGAGAAGGUUGAUUGAUAUCAUGGCUUUGCAUUUGCAGCUGAGUGUUUCAAACCUUGUGAACAAGGACAUGGAGAUUGAGAUUAUGAAUGAACUACUGGGACCUAACCAUGGUGGUGGGAUUGAGAGGAUGCUGGAGGAACCUCCAUCAAUUGCAGUGAAGCUCCAGAAGCUCAUCAAGAGCAUCAAAAAGCUCAAGGAGUCUAAAGAGGUUGUGUGUAAGAUCAUGGACGACAGGUUUACUCACGCCGAUUACCUUGUGUGAUAGAUAACUAAGGAGUCCAGUUAAAUUAUGGUAUGUUUCGUGUGAAAGAAGGCAUUUUGCCAAUGAUGUGUGGUUGAUCGGUUUGUACUUAAUUAUGGAUGUGCAUUUUGUUUAUCAUGUACCUGGUUGGUUGAUGUUCUUGUGUGGAUGAUCUGUUUCUACUUAAUUAUAAGCACAUUCUGUUUUUGUCUUUUGGGUUGCUAAACCUUCCCAGGCUUGUUCCUGGAAUAGG